AAGAUUUUCAAAUCUAAUUAUUUGGGAUGUUAAUGAAGCUCUGGGCAACCACAAAUGAAUGGAGGAGGAUGUGCGCAGAAACUAACAACUAGUGAUGCCCUGGAAUAUCUCAAGGCAGUGAAGGACACAUUUCAAGAUAAAAGAGAAAAAUACGAUGACUUUCUUGAAGUAAUGAAAGAUUUUAAGGCUCAAAGAAUUGAUACUGCAGGUGUCAUAGCAAGGGUUAAGGAACUAUUUAAAGGGCAUCAAGACCUUAUUUUAAGUUUCAACACCUUUUUGCCAAAGGGAUAUGAGAUCACUCUCCCAUUGGAGGAUGAACAACCUCCACAAAAGAAGCCUGUUGAAUUUGAAGAAGCUAUUAAUUUUGUGAACAAGAUUAAGACAAGGUUUCAGGGUGAUGAUCGUGUUUAUAAGUCAUUUUUAGACAUUUUGAACAUGUACAGAAAGGAAAACAAGUCCAUCAGUGAGGUCUACCAGGAGGUUGCCACGCUUUUCCAAGACCACCCAGAUCUCCUUAAUGAGUUCACUCACUUUCUGCCAGAUGCCUCAGCGACAGCCUCUACUCAUUAUGUUCCUUCUGGUAGAACAUCAAUACUACGAGACAGUGGACAUGCUGUGCCUGCAGUGCGGUCAUUGCAUACUGACAAGAAAGAAAGGACUACAAUUUCCCAUGCUGGACAUGACCUCAAUGUGGAACAUCCUCAUCCAGACCAUGACAAGCUCAUGAUGAAGUCAGUCAAAGAGCAAAAGCAUGACUGCAACAGUGAUAUCAACAUGCAACGGUUUCCUCACAAAACAAACCCUGCUCAAAGGUUUGAAGACCUGGCUAUUGAGAAGUUGCAUCAAAGUGGUGAAGGUGAUGAAAACUUUGGAGUGCAUUCUGCUCAUGAUGAUAAAAAUGCUGUCAAAA